AUGACUGUGCUAGCCGUACUGACGAUCAAAUUACCUGUUAUAAGUGUAAACAGAGACGAGGCAGCAGAGACGAGGCAGCAGAGACGAGGCAGCAGAGACGAGGCAGCAGAGACGAGGCAGCAGAGACGAGGCAGCGAGCAGCAGAGACGAGCCAGCAGAGACGAGGCAGCAGAGCAGGCAGCAGAGACGAGGCAGCAGAGACGAGGCAGCAGAGAGCCAGCAGACGAGGCAGCAGAGACGAGGCAGCAGAGACGAGGCAGCAGAGACGAGGCAGCAGAGACGAGGCAGCAGAGACGAGGCAGCAGAGAGCAGCAGAACGAGGCAGCAGAGACGAGGCAGCAGAGACGAGGAGAGGAAGGCAGCAGAGACGAGGCAGCAGAGACGAGGCAGCAGAGACGAGGCAGCAGCGAGGCAGCAGAGGACGAGCAGCAGAGACGAGGAGCAGAGACGAGCAGCAGAGACGAGCAGAGACGAAGACGAGCAGCAGAGACGAGCAGCAGCACGAGGCAGCAGAGACGCAAGCAGAGCGAGCAGCAGAGACGAGGCAGCAGAGACGAGGCAGCAGGACGAGCAGCAGAGACGAGCAGCAGAGACGAGGCAGCAGAGACGAGGCAGCAGAGACGAGGCAGCAGAGACGAGGCAGCAGAGACGAGCCAGCAGAGACGAGGCAGCAGCAGCAGAGACGAGCAGAGACGAGGCAGCAGAGAGCAGAUCCCAGCAGAGACGAGGCAGCAGAGACGAGGCAGCAGAGACGAGGCAGCAACGAGGCAGCAGAGACGAUGCGAGACCAGCAGAGACGACAGCACGAUAGCAGAGACGAGCCAGCAGAGACUUCUCUUCGAUCUCAAAAAGUCUAAACCUCAGCCCCAGCACAAGGGCAACAAAGAUGCUUAA